AUGCAUCUCGUCACCCUAGCAACCUGUAACCUCGAUCAGUGGUCUCUCGAUUUUACUGGGAACUUGGAAAGAAUCAAGGAAAGUAUUAAAAUUUCAAAGGAAAAGGGAGCUCGUUAUAGGUGUGGCCCAGAACUUGAAGUUUGUGGAUAUGGUUGUGAAGAUCACUUUCUUGAGAAUGAUACCUAUACUCAUUCAAUGGAAUGUUUGGCUGAAUUGUUGAAGAGCGAUUUAACUGAUGAUAUUCUUGUAGAUAUUGGUAUGCCAAUAAUGCAUAAGAGUGUAAGAUAUAAUUGUAGAGUAUUUCUAUUGAAUAGAAAAAUUGUAUUGAUUCGUCCAAAAUUGUUUUUGGCAAACGAUGGAAAUUAUAGAGAGACUAGAUGGUUCUGUGCUUGGACAAAGAGAUUUGCUAUUGAAGAUUUCGUUCUCCCAGAUUUUAUGAGAGAAUUGACUGGUCAGAGAACCGUUCCAAUUGGUGAUUGUAUUAUUUCAUUGAAUGAUACUGAUUUGGCUGUUGAAACUUGUGAAGAAUUGUUCACCCCAAACUCUCCUAAUAUUUAUCUAGGUCUGGAUGGUGUGGAAAUUAUUAGUAAUGGAUCUGGAAGUCAUCAUUCUCUUCGUAAAUUGCAUACUCGUAUUGAUUUAAUCAAGAAUGCAACUGCUAAGAACGGCUUAGUAUAUCUUUAUGCCAAUCAACUAGGUUGUGAUGGUGGAAGACUUUUAUUUGAUGGUUGUGCAAUGAUUUGUUGUAAUGGAGUGCUUCUUGCUCAAGGUUCUCAAUUUUCCUUGAAACAGGUUGAAGUUGUGACUGCCAAUGUUGAUUUAGAUCAAGUGAGAGCAUUUAGAAAUAAGAUUGCCAGUAGAUCUGUGCAAGCUUCUGAAUCUAGAGAAUUCCCUAGAGUUCGUAUUGAUUUCACACUCAAAAUUUCACACUAUUCUCAAAGUUUGAAACCAACUCACCCAGUAGAUGUCAAGUAUUUCACAACCAAUGAAGAAAUUGCCCUAGGUCCAGCUUGUUACUUGUUCGAUUAUUUGAGAAGAUCUAGCCAGGGUGGAUAUUUCCUUCCAUUAUCUGGAGGAGCUGAUUCUAGUGCUACCGCUACUAUUGUUGGAUCAAUGUGUCAAUUGAUUUAUAAGGAUUGUAUUGAGGAAGCUAACUCAUAUGAGGAGGAAUACAAUAAGAAAAUUGUCUUGAAGGAAAUUAGAAGAAUUUGUUCAAAGGGAGAUGAGUGGAUUCCAUCCUCUCCAAAGGAAAUUGCUAAUAUUAUUUUCGUUACUUGUUAUAUGGGUACAGUGAAUAGUUCAAAUGAAACCAGAAACAGAGCUAAACAAUUGGCUUCAGAAAUUGGAUCUCAUCAUAUGGAUAUUGAUAUUGAUACAGUUGUUAAUUCAAUGAAGGAUUUAUUUACCACUACUACUGGUAAAACUCCAUCAUUUGAGGGAAGUGCUGGAGAAAAUAUUGCUCUCCAGAAUAUUCAAGCCAGAUUGAGAAUGGUUGUCAGUUAUUACUUUGCUCAAUUAAUGAAUUGGAGUAGAGAUUUCAAACCAAAGAAUUUACUUGUUCUAGGUUCUUCCAAUGUUGAUGAAGCUUUGAGAGGAUAUUUCACUAAAUAUGACUGCAGUUCUGCUGAUAUUAAUCCUAUUGGAAGUAUUUCAAAGACUGACUUGAAAAAAUUCCUCUUGUAUGCCUCUGACAAUUUGGGUUAUCCUUCACUAAAGGAAGUUUUACAAGCCAAACCAACAGCUGAACUACAACCUCUCGAAUCUCAUCAAACAGAUGAAGAAGAUAUGGGUUUGACCUAUGAUGAACUUUCUCGUUUUGGUAUUUUAAGAAAGGUCUACGGAAAUGGACCUGUUGAAUGUUUCAAUAAUCUAGUUUAUGAAUGGAGAGACAAGAUGAGUAUUCUUCAAAUUGCUGAUAAGGUUAAACGUUUCUACAGAUACUAUGCAAUCAAUCGUCACAAAAUGACCACUCUCACACCAUCCUAUCACUGCGAAUCCUACAGUCCAGAAGACAAUAGGUUUGACCUGAGACAAUUUCUCUAUCCUGUUGAUUUCCAAUGGCAAUUCAAACAAAUUGAUGAUUUAGUAAUUCAAUAUCAAGAGGAGGAAGAGAAGGUUAAAAAGAGUAGUAAAUUGUAAACUGUUUGUUUU